UUUGUGUUUUUACCAUGUAAACCGGUUUGGCGGUAAAGCGGGUAUUCAUGGCAUCGUCCAGCAGGUGGCGGUAAAGACCGGAAGGAGCGUCAUCAGCAGCACUUCCGUAUAGUUUGUUUUGGUCUGUUGUCCUGACAGCAGCGGCUUGGUUAGAUCCAGGUGAACAUGUCGGCUGCUGAAGAUGAUACCGAACUGCGGGACCUGCUGAUCCAGAACCUGGAGAACAGCGGAGUUCUCAACAAGCUGAAGGCGGAGAUGAGGGCAGCUGUUUUUCUGGCCAUGGAGGACCAGGACAGACUGGAGAACAAAACUCCCCUCAUCAAUGAAAACCUGAAGAAAUGCCUCAACACUAAAGACGGACACUUGGUGGCCAGUCUCAUCAUGGACUUCCUGCAGGUGUUCAACCUGGACUUCAGCCUCGCCGUGUUCCAGCCGGAGAUCAACUCGCUGAACGGUCUGGACGGCCGCGACCUGGUCUGCAGGGAGCUCGGCGUGUCCGAUUCGGAGCUGAACCAGAAUGUCCCGGUUCUGCUGGAGUUGGUCCGGAGGGCCCGGCGGAGCAGCGACCUGCCCCUCUGUGCUGAGGGAGAUAGGAGUGGACACGUCGUCAAGGAACUCUCUCAGAAACAGAUCGGUCACGCUCGGAAGACGUUUGACUCUCACGAUAAGGACCAGAGCGGCUCAGUCAGGAAGGAAGACCUGAAGUUUGUCUUCACAGAUCUGCUGCCCGGCCUCAACAAGAGCAUGUUGGAAAGGUUCGUCGACGAAGAGCUCAGAGAUGCAGACAAAGAGGUCGACUUCCAGUCCUUCCUGUCCACAUACAAACGUCUCUUCGAUCAGUGCAGGAGUGUGGUCGUUUCGGACUCAGACGAGAGUCGACCUCAGACCCAGACUGCUGAAGACAAAUCGGGCUCUCUGCCUGUCAGUAAGAUCCCCAGAUUCAAAGGUCAGAAGAACCAGACAGCAGCAAAGGACGUGGAGCAGGUUCUCUCCCUGCCCAAACAGUACCUGCAGCAGCAGCCGACAGCCGGGAGCGCCGAGCAUCCGGACCUGGAGCUGGACGGAGAGGUGGACCAUGAUGAAGGAGACUCCUUCUUCGACGACCCGCUGCCCAAACCGUUCAAGACUUACGGCUGCUCUCCGAUCGGAGAAAAGGACCCGUCAGAGAAGACAAACAGUCCCAAGGACGUUGUCCCGCUGAGGGAGGACAGUCUGUCUGGGCCGCCCGUCUCCCUGAUGAGACGAGGCCGAAGCCUCAGCGACCUCUCGGUCCUGGCUGCGGACCCAGAACCCGAGCCAGGCGAUCCCGUCUCGGAUCUCGGCUCAGAGCUCAGGAAGCCGGAGGCGUCCAGUACCAGAGGGAAUCCGGCGGGUUCUCUAUCUGAGGCGUCGAGGCCCGGAGCAGGAAGCAUCGGGUCGGAACCGAGCCACAGCAGGAACGGGGUGAAAGACUUUAAAGAGAAGUAUUUCAAGUCUCCGAGCGACAGAACCGGGACUCUGCAUUUGGACGAAGACGUGGAAUAUGACGACGACUUCAACAGCCAUCGGUCGGACCUUUCCAACGGCGAGCUGAGCAUCGGCGAGGAGAUCGAGGAGGUUUCCAUCGAGGGUCCGGAGACGAGCGACAAGCUUGACGAAACCACGCAGGACCUGAGCGUCUCUCAGAUCAGUCAGAGUCACGGAGCCGACUACAUGGAGGACGUGUCCUGAAACUCCCAUCAUGCACCUCUUCCCCUCCGGAUAUUUAAAUCUGUACAGUUUGAUUAAAGCAAUAAAAGGGUUUGUUUUACUGGG